UUCACAUUAAGAAAUAAUUAAAUAUACAUUACCUUGUUCAUAAUUAUUAAUUGUCAAAAAUGAGUAAACGUAUCUCACGUGCAUGCGUUUUCAUUGAUUCGAGUAAUCCUUCUAUGCCAAGUACUGUUAUAAAUGGUGCUCAACCAUUCAUUCGACCUCCUUUUCCACCGGACAUAAAACCACAAGAUCUUUUAAAGAAAUCGAGGGAUGGAAGUAUGAGUAAACCACCAAAUGCUUUCAUCAUUUAUCGAAAAUGGUUUAUCGAGACCGCUCGGUCUGAAGGUUAUUUUUUACCUAUGACUGUCAUUUCUUCAAUGGCUUCACAAUCCUGGGAACAAGAAUCGGUUCAAGUUAAGUCUGAGUACAAACGCCUUGGCAAGGAAGCUUUUAAUCUUCGUAAUGAUAUGUUACCAAGAAAUAAUAAACGCCGUAAACGUGAGAAAUGGAACAUUGUAAAAUUUGAUGAUGAGGAGGUUAAAUUUAACCUUGAAUCAUCAAAAACCACAUCAAAAUCUUCUAGUAAUAAUUCCUUGGAUAAUCAAUAUCCUUUAUCUCCACCUGAAUCUCUAUCAAAUAAAUCAAGUCCAACGAGCUCACCUGUGAUUUCAUCAAGUUCAUCUCAUAAAGAAUCAGCUCAAUUUAUGAUUCCGUCUCCAAUUAGGUCAUCUUUCGACGAAAAUUUAUCAGAUGGAGCGGACGGUACUAAUGAAUUAAAUCAUUGGUUCUCAAGUCCAGAUUCUUCAUCAAUUAGUUCCCCUAAGAAUAAUGAUCAAUAUUUAUUGGAUUUAGAACCAUCAGAUUCUACUUCAUCUUUUGAAAUUUUUGAUAUUAAUUUAAUAUUAGAACAACAAUCCCAAAGACAACAUUCUUCUUCUUUCCUAGAUGGACUUGAAAUUAACACGGAUAGUUCAUUAUAUGAUUUUCCUUCAAAAUAUACAUUUAACAUUUCACAAGAUUACUUACCUACAGAAUCUUCUGAAUAUUAUUAUACUAUGUAAAAGAAUAC